AUCGAUGGCAAUCGUUGAAUUGGUUCGCUCCCUUGACCGAAGAGGUUCUUGUCUUGGGUUGCACGUUUCUCGACCCGCUGAUUAGGUCUGUCGGAUGUGCCAAUGGCAUAUCGGUGUUGGAUGAGACAAGCUGGGAGCCAACAUCCUAGAUUCUCGGUACUUUAUGUCGUACUUGCUGUGGCGAGGCUGUCUGUAAGAUGUGCCAUGUUAACAUCCAGAACUCCACUUGAUCGUGACGCAGGCAACGUGUACACGAGUGAGACAAGGCAUGAGAAGAUCGGAGCGGCAGCAACGGGUCAAAGUGGGGAUAGCCAUGAAGAUGCGGCUCGAGAGUUCCGAUUGUGUGGGUUUCGCACAAUUGCCACGACGUUGGCUGUGUCCAUGUAAACCGAUUGUCCCACCGGGAAGCCAACAUGCAUAAGAGGGCAACAACUGAUUGCU